CCAAGAAAAACAGUUUUAGUGGAUGCAGGCUGGAGGGAUGAGGAAGGCGAAGAGGAGGAAGAAACCACUUGUCCUUGGAACACGAGCAAUCGAAAAAGAAACUUUUACGGCCGGUUGUGUGCUGUAGCUAAUUCAGGGGGAGAAGAAAUGAACAGGUUGUUCGCCCACACAACCCAUGUCUGUAUCGCUGUAUAUGGCAAUUUUCGCUGCCAUAUUGGUGCUCAUUUACCGCCUCAUUUUCUGGCGGUUAUUAGGGAGCGAGGGGAGGAGGCGCGUUGUGAGAUAUGCAAAAAUGCAUGGUGUGAGGGACAGGUUAUUUUUUUUGAAUUGCACUUUGUACUCCACGCAGAGUGAUGUGACAAUAACAACACCGGCUUUCGUUCCAGCCAACCCUUGGAAAAAGUGCUCACAGAGAAAAAGCAACACAAUAUGCAAACUAUUUGUAGCUGUGUAGAGGAGAUGCAGAGGUGGGACACGAGGGAAGGAAAAAACAGCUUGC